GCCAAUCGGGGCGGAGCAGGACGUGACGUGCGUUCUAGCGUGAGGAAGUCCCGCGACGGGCGCGCCAAAUUUCAAAGGACUUCCUCCCGGGAGGAAAAGAAGGCGAAUGAGCCACAACGGACGCCCGGCCGAACAAAACAAAAAGCGCCGCGGAAACCAUCCUUCGGACCCACUUCUGAAGUCCGGCAGCUGGAGCCGCGGGCGGAGCGGGGGGACGGUGUUUCAACGGCGGGAAGCGGAGGCACAGCACCGAGGGAUAUGUCGUUGAUAUCAGACACACCACAGCUGUUCCACCCACCUGAGAGGCAGAUGUUUGGGGUUUUAAUCUCAUCUCGCAUACACAACUAUACACACACAGAGACUCCGAUGACAGCUGUUUGAACUGGAGACAUCCUGGACCUCAAGUUCUUUUAUUCUCCACACAUCUUCUCCCGGCCUCCGCUCCACAGGGGGCAUCUAGCCCAAGUGAACCCCUCACAGAGUGAAUGCCUCAUUUCCACCCGUCACCAACUUCCAGACGGAUCAAUAUUAAAUAAUUUUAUCUAUGCGUCCGCAACAAGCGCAGCAGGUCACGCUUUCCGUGCGGAUGCAAAGAGCUGUCGGUCAGAGCGGCUCCGCCGGCCCGUAACCUUCAUGCCGAGGCAUCCUUCUGACAGGCGAGCUUAGUGUUGGCCCCCCCUACGGCCAAAUGUCUUCAGCCUAACUCCCGUACCACUGGCAAAGAGUUGUGUCCGCGCAAUGGAUGGCGGCCUCCUGUAAGUCAGGGCCCGGCAAAGAGAGGCGGCCUCAGGUCGCGGGCAGGCGGGGGCUCUGCGGGGGGCGGGAGUCGAGCGAUCCAGCCAUGGGGUCGGGGGUGCAGCCGUGCUUCCAGCUGCUCCGGAUCGGCUCGUCGGCCGGCGACUCGGCGAGGGACCUGUACACGUUCCGGCCGGCGCUCGGCCACUCCGUGUUCCGGCUGGGCCGCGCGGCGGAGCUGUGCGACGUCACGCUGGACUCCGCCGCGGUGUCGCGGAUCCACGCCGAGCUGCACGCCGAGCGGGAGGCGGGCGAGGGGGCCGCCGCGCAGCCCGAGGAGGGCUGGAAGGUCCACGUCAAGGACAGGAGCAGUCAUGGCACCUGGGUGAAUGAGGGCCGCCUCCAGCCCGGCGUCCAGUGGGAGCUCUCAGACGGCGACACGCUGACCUUUGGGGGCCAGUCCGCUUCCGGGAGCCCCGAGUUCUACUUCCUCUUCCAGAAGGUCAAAGUUCGCCCGCUGGACUUUGACGCCAUCACAAUUCCAAAGGCGGGCACCUUCUCCUCCGACUUGCAGAACCGCAUCCGCACCAACCUGGACCGCAAGGAGGCCGCCAACCUGGACCUGUCCAAGCUGUCCAUCAACCGGGCCACCGUCAUCCUCAGCUCCAUCGGCAGCCUGAGUAAGAUGAAGGGCAGCGCCUGGACCUUCAAGAGGAGCCUCAGCCAGGGCGGCACCGCCUCGGACCCCGGCUCCUCCUCCUCGCCUCCUCUGGCCGCCGGCCUGUCCUCCCUGCUGCCGCCCUCCACGCCGCCGCCGUCGUUCUCGCCGGCGGGUUCGGCGCCCUCGGCCAAGGUCCUGCAGCCGACCUCGAGGAACAGGAGGAAGUCGGCCCACACGGUGCUCCUGGAGGACGACAGCUCCGACGAGCCCAGCAGCCGAGGAGCUCCGGCGCUGCUCGCCGAGGACGCCCCGCGCUCGAGGGGCAAGAAGCGGCGGCGCCUCUACAAGUCUGAGUCGGAGAGCUUCGGCUCCCCGCCGCUCCCCGCUCUGCAGCCCCAGAGCCACGAGGACGUCCGGCGGCCGCUGGGGGCCAAGCCCCUCCCCGUCGGCAUCCGGACCAUCGGCAGCUUCCACGGCGCCAUGACCAACAGCCGCCUCCACCACCACUUCCAGGUGUCGCUGGGCAACGCGGCGCUGCACAAGCAGGAGGUGCAGUCGCUGCGCCGGGUCCCCGCCGUGGCGCACAGCAACGUCUCGGCCUUCCGCCAGCAGAAAGCGCCGCAAGGGGGGCCGAGGGGCCGCCGGAGGGCUCACAGCUCCCCGGUGUUCUCCCCCCUGGUGGUCGGAGGGGAGAACUACAGCCUGGCCUCGCCCUCGGUGAGGAUCCGCACGGACGAGCGAGGCCGGGUGCAAUUUAACCGGUUCCACCAUCCCGCCAGUAAGCGACGAGGCCGCCCCCGAAAACACCCGCUGCCCCCCCGGCCCUCCCUGCCCUCGCCGUCGUCCUCGUCCUCGUCCUCCACCUCCUCCGCGUCCUCCUCCUCGGGCUCCUCUUCCUCCUCCUCCUCCUCCUCCUCUUCAGACGACGACGAGGAGGAGGGAGAGGGGGGGGCGGCGGCGAGCGGGGCGGUGGAGCCGUGCGCGGCGCCGCGCUGCCGGCUGCCCCAGCAGGACACGGUGCAGUGGAUCCAGUGCGACGUGUGCGACGGCUGGUACCACAUAGACUGCCUGCACGUGGACCGCAAGAAGCUCCUGAGGGACCCC